AUGUCUUUCUCACACAAUACCAACAGCCUGUCAAACCUUUUGGAAAAGAGGAACAGCCCCACAGACGCCAUGCCAGCUGGCCCAAUGCCGGCAUCAUCAUUAUCAGCACAGGGCAACAAGGCCUUUGGAUCCGCUGGGGACACCGGGCGCAGUAGCCAUCCGAUGACAUCCGAGCAUAGUCAGACGCUGGCCAGUGUAUCAGCCCAGGAUUUUGCAGACGGACCAGGGUCCGAUGUCGCAAGGCACAUGCGCACACCGAGCAAUACGAGCAGCACGCAUCUUAAUCAAUCCCCGCCAUUCAUAUCACACUUGACCUCAGGUCUCAGUCAUACCUUCAGCGGCCAGCAUCCCGGGGCCGGUCGGAGAGGCAGUGGGGGCAUCCAGGGUAACACAUCGCCGCCGAGAAUCAGGCAGACACGUAGCGAGGUGCAUCCGAAUACCAAGCGCGCGACGAGCAGUAGCGGGAGCAGCGCUAAUGGCCACAGCGUUGCAGCAAUCGCCCACAUGGCAGGUACUGACGAUGCGUCGAGGGCGAACUACUCGCUGUGGCUCCCCUGGGAGGAGACUGCGCUGAUAGACUGGCUGUUUGAGCCCAACAACUGCAAACUGUUCAACGUCCCAAGGCGCAAGAAGGACUGCCACGAGAAGAUUAUUCGCGAUAUUUUGCCCAACAAAACCAGCCGAGCGAUUGAGGGAAAGAUUCGGACGCUUGAAAAGCGGUAUUUGAAAGCUGCGUCGGAGAUCCAGCGGCCAGAUUUUGCCACAAAGCAUCCCGGAAAGCGUGCCGAUGAUGUUUCUGAGGCACUAUGCAAUAAUUUUCACAAGCUGGAGACCAUAUUUAACCCGGCGCAGGCGCAGGCACGCUCGCACCUGGCAAACACCCCUUUGGUAUCGCAGCAGCACAAUCAUCAUAAUCAGCACCAGCACCAGCACCAGGUCCAACCACAGGUCCAGGCCCAGGCCCCGCCCCAAUCUCGGUCCCAGUCCCAGGUUCAGGCUCAACCGCAGCAGCAGCAAAACAAGAUGCCAUGGAUCACGGGUGCUCCGGUCGCCUCCGAAACAGCUGGUGCCAGCAUUUCCGCUGUAAUCCCACCUACUUCGAAAUUUGGCCAGUCGCCUCACUUGCCUUCGCCCGUACUUGGUAGCUCGGGCAACACCGGCUCCUCGUCUGCAGUUGCCGCAGCCGCAGCAGCUUCAGCAGCAGCAACAGCACCUCCCAGCGGCAUGAUCAGCGUUCCACGCGCCUCCCCACCACCUAUCACUUCAGCAGAAACCAUGCCACAUCGCUCUUCGACGCAGACACGCAAGAUUGCGCCUAAGCGUGGAUUAAACAGCACCAGCGAGGGUGGUGACUCUGACGGACCCGUGAUGCUGGGCAGCACCAAGCGUAGCCGCACUUUCCCUACCGUAAUGCAAAAUCGCCAUAGUCCCGGACACCACCAGCCAAGUGACCUUCGGAUCACGCCCCAGUUGCAGAUUUCCCAACAACAACAGCAGCAACAGCAGCAACAGCAGCAACAGCAGCAACAUCAGCAACAUCAGCAACAACUUUCCCAGCAGCAUAUGCCUCGGCCACAGCGCUCACCCCUGAGCUUGCAGCAACUUUUGCCACAAUCCCAGCAUCAGGCGCAGGCACAGUCACAGCUUAUGGCACAACAUCAGCAUCAACAACAGCAGCAACAACAACAUCAACAGCAGCAACAGCAGCAACAGCAUAGGUUCUACGAGAACAGUCGGUACCAGUACGACACAGCCAACCGGCCAGCGACAGCCAAUCUUCCAAUGAUGCCCAUUCCAUCGCCAUUGGGCAGCGGGCCAUUGUCGGUCGCGUACUCGCAAAUGCCCAACUCUGCCUCUUCCGCUGUCGGCGUCAAUAUUGCCGGUGCUACCGUUGGCUCCACUGUCAUGCCCAGCAUCAGCGAAUCCAACGACACCACAAUCCCAUUCCAGCAGACAUCCUACACUAGUAGUCGCGAGGAGCUCGAAUGGCUGCAAUUCAACUUGCGCCGGGAAGAACUGGACUUCCGCAAAAAUGUUUUCGUCCACGAGCAAGGGCUGGAAUCCCAAAGGGCGAUAUUGGAGACGCAGAGGCUGGAGAUCCAGAAGAGGGAGAUGGAGCUGGAGGCUAGGAGAGUUGAGAUGCAGCAGAAGCAGAUGGAUAUUCAGCUGGAGUCUAUAAAGUCCCUGUCGACGAUGCUCGGCCAGAUGGUAGGUCAAAUAGGGUCGUUUUUGGGCGGCGUUCGGUUAGUGCCUGAUGGUGCAAGCAACAACAUCAGCAGCAGUCGGCGGCAAAAUACCGAGGUUACCGCUGCGGAUGAGGGCGAGUCCUUGGAAUAA